AUGUAUGCCUUAAUUCGUAUUCUUUGCAGUUGGAUUGUCUUAUUCCAACCAGUGGCUCAAGCCAUCUGGAAUCCGAUCAUCAGUGGGUGGAAUCCAGAUCCUGCGAUCCUGACUGUAGGCGACGAUUACUACAUCGCCACUUCUUCUUUCGAGUACUGGCCAGGUAUACCCAUUUACCAUAGCAAGGAUCUAUCAAAUUGGACGCUUAAAUCUCAUGUUUUGACACGACCAGAGCAACUACAGCUCUAUGGGACGCCCACCGGAGCAGGUGCCUGGGCGCCAAGUCUCUCUUUUAUCGAUGGCAAGUUCUGGCUUUCAGCAAUGACACGUUGGACCUAUGAUCCCAUAGCCCGUGUCUGGCCUCGUGUCUGGUUCAUCUCUUCAGAAGACUUCGUCACCUGGUCUGAUCCUGUCUGGGCUGAGCCAUGGGGUAUCGAUCCUGAGCUUUUCCAAGACCCUGUGACCAAGAAGACAUAUCUCAACCUGAUGGCCCCAAACAACAACAAAGGUCGACUCUGGGGUAUCGCGCAGUGCGAAGUGUCUCUGACAUCUGGAGAUUGCGUGGGGCCUUAUGUCAGUCUGUGGAACGGGACUUUGCCUCACAAUUCGACAGCCAGACCUGAAGGACCCAAGAUGUAUCAUAAGGAUGGGUGGUAUUAUCUCUUGAUUGCUGAAGGUGGUACGGAUCAACUGCAUCGAUCAACCAUUGCAAGAAGCAAGACCCCAUAUGGUCCAUUUAUCGCUGGGCCUUACAACCCUCUACUAUAUAAUGGACAAUGGGGUUUUGACAAUCUCACUGUGCAGUCUACUGGGCAUGCCACUCUAACAAAGACGAAAGACGGACAAUGGUAUGCGACUUUUUUAGCUCGCCGCAACAUCAACGGAUCAUCUCCUCUUGAGGUUGGCCCAAGGCAGGUUCCUCGCCAAUGGGCCGACAGCUUUUCUCUCUCUAAACUCGACUCGUCGUGGUAUCAACUUCGGGUACCAUAUACCAAGAACUACAAGUUAGAAAGGGGGAAUCUGGUACUGAAUCCCAAUGUCUUUGGCCUCAGUGACCGUGAUACCCCAGCAGCGUUGCUACGCAAGCAGAAGUCGCUCAACAUGACGUUUUCAGCCGAGCUCUCCAGCUUCAAAGGGGGUCUAGGUCCAAGAAACAAUAUCGGAAUCUCUUCAUAUCUCUCCGAGUUCCAGCAUCAAGAUAUCGGGAUUCGGGGAUGCGUCAAUGCUACCGGUAUUUGUCUCUAUACUGAACUCAACAAGAAUGGCACCCAGGAGUAUUGGCAAACUCCACUCAACCAAUCAAACGGUCUUGCUGGUGGUCUCAGGUUACACAUCAAAGCUGAACCCCUCGAAUACCGACUUGGUUACAGUUUCGGAAAGGAAGCACCGGUCUACGUGACGUCAAUAGCGUCAUCCUGGCAAGCUUUUGCUCCGCCAAAUUGGUUUGUGUUUCCGGGCGCAUCUUGGGCGAUAUUUGCGACUGGAGACGGAGAGCCCUGGCCGCACAAUGGACCGCGAGUUGGAUUCAACAAGGUCACGGAGACUUUUCACGAGGAGAACAUUCCUGACUACGAUCGGUGGCAGAGGUGA